AUGCUGCCCAUGGCACAAGAGCUCCGAAGCAUAGUUUCUACACAAUAUGGCGCAAAUAAACAGCAUCGCCCAAGGCUUUGGACGGAACGUGGCUUGUCGCUUCACGAGUGCCGAAAUGACAACCUGGCCGGCAACAACAAAGCCGACAUUGAAGCUUCGGCCGGGGUGCAAAUAUCUUGCACCAAAUGCUACCUCAAAGGCAAGGCUAGAGCCAAACUGACCGUCAAUGGGUCCUUCAACGCAACAAAAGUUAUAGACGACGUCCAAACGGAAGCCAAAGAAGCCUUAGAUUCCAUCAAAGACUAUUUCAGUAACAUCACUCAGGUGGCCCUGGGCAAUAUCAAGAAUCAAACUUUGAACGAAAUACCCGAUGAAAUCAGGGAAGUGCCUCCUCCGCAAAUUGACUUCAACGUGGACCUCGACUUUCCCGGGUACGAUUUACAAGUUGAGUUUGAAGAUACAGAGCUUUACGUAGAGCUCAGCACAGUCAUAUCGGCAGGACUGACGUACACGAUUCCGCUCUACUCCUCCAAGAGUUUCGGGCUCAGCCUUGGGCCGGAUUUGCUCUUUGGAGCCGUCUUCUCGUUUGACUUGAUCCUCAGCGUAGAAAAUGAGAUUGAGAUCCGCAAUGGGUUCCAUAUCAGGCUGGAAAAAAAGAUGAUUAUGAAGAUAGUUCUUUUUGGCAAGGAAGCAUCCGAUUUGCAGCUACACGGCGGCAAGUUUGAGUUUUUGCCCGUUACAAUUGAAAGCGGAAGCACCGUCUUUAAAGCCCUCUUGCGUCUUCAGUUGCGCGCGGGCAUCUCACUACCAGAGUUCAAAAGCAAUAUCCAGAAACUUGAAUUCGGAGCCGGCGUUGAAGCCCGCAUCUACGCAAACAUUGCAGAGUUUGUAACCAACGUCACCGCUAACUUUGGACUCACUGAUAAACGAGACAAUUGUGCUCUCCGCGUCGUUCAGGACUACAAGUUUGCAAUUGGCGCUGCAGCCGGCGCAACAGUUAACCUCUUGGGCAACACGUACGGACCUACUCCCGCCACAGAAGUUCCCAUAUACUAUACAACUCUUGCUGCCGCCUGUAUAACCAAAAGAAAGGCAACAACAACGGUAACAACCCCGGCUGUGUCGGGACUUGCGUUUAGGCGUGACGAUGGCAUGUCGACAACCACAACCACUACAAAGAUCACUUACAGUAUAGUGGCUUGCAAGUCCCAGGGACUGGUGAAUUGCCCGGCCUCGCUACAAACAGUCUCGCGCAAUGUGGUUACCAAAACCCUCACCAGCACGGUUGCCUCCGGGUCCAGAGCCGUCUGGUCGACGCCGUCAGUCACCGCGUUUGCGGCGGUUGACUUUGGGAACGACAGUUUGCCACUGACAGGUUUGUCUGGUAAGCCAAAAUCGUAUAUACCACCACCGCCGUCAACCACGACAUCAGGAACUGGUAACGUUGGACCCGCGUCAACUAGUGGCGCUGCGGAAGGGGAUGGCCAAGGUGUGAAUAGCAAAAUGAUCAUUGGGGUGAGCGUGGGUGUUGGCGUCCCAGUUUUGGCUGCCGUGAUUGGAGGUUUCUUCAUUAUCCAUCGCAAACGACGUCUACCUACUUCCGCAUCCGAUUCCGAUUCUGGGACACCAGUGUCAGAGUCGAAACAGGGCGUAAAAGUAGGCUACGCAGCAGUCUCACAGGUUCAGGAUUAA